GCCAAGCCCACUCUGUUCCUGACCUUAUUGGAACUUUCAUCCAAACAUGGACAAAAAAGCUAAAAUCUGGAGAUGAGAAGUUUACACAACUCAAGGGCUGGACAACUACUGUAUGGUAUGACAUACAGCAUAACCAGCAAAUAUGCAAUGACCAACAGCUAAAGAAAAUGGAUUUUUUUGAGCCUGUUGCUACCUUAUCACAGUUUUCCUUUUUUCAAUCAGUGUAAUGUUUCUCUUCACAUGUCUGUGCAUGUAGCAAAAUAUUUUGGAGAAAUUACAAUGGAAGCUAAGGACUAUUCUUGUCUUCAAGAAAAGUACUGUGAAUCUCUUGUAACAGCUGAAAGUAUUUCUGAGGCAAAUGAAACUGAUUAUUGUGAACUUGGAGCCAAAUGGAGAAUAUGCAAAAACAAAUUGAGCAAGGGAAAUACUGUGUCACCAGAAACACACUUCUCAGUUUUUCAGACUGAAGACCCUAUUUCUGACCAAAUGUUGAAUUUUUCUUUAAAUGGAAUGACAUGUGAAAACAAAUUUGAUGAUGCAAGGGUAGAUGAAUUAGAUACCGCUGCCAGUGCUCAUGAAGGUUUGUUCAUGGAAAAAUAUAAUGGAGAUGACGCAUUACUACCAAUCCCAAGCCAGAACUGGAGUUACUUUGAAUCUUUCAUAAAUGAAAACAAAGAUGAAUUUUUAGACCUUUGUGCAACAAGUGACUUUUCAGCUAAUUUAAUAAGUGAAGAAGACAGUGACAGCUUUUUAUUUGAUGAUGAAUCAACACUAAGUAGUGACUUAUGUUCACUGAAGAUAAAGUAUGAAUCUUUUCAAGACAAUAUGAGAGAGAAGACUAAUGCCUUUCAAGAUGAUGCGCAAGUGCAUUUUUUUCCCAACACACAAUGUAAUGGAACCAAAAAUGAUGAGAAAAGUCCCAGAAAAAAUAAUUCUUCUUCUGUUCAAGAAGAGCAAGGGGAACAUGACAAUCUAGAGCAAUGUGCAAUGUAUGAAUUAGAAAAUAACAAAUGUGUUCUAUCAGGUGUUUUUAUGGACAGUUGGAAGGACCGUGAGAAUUCAAUAAAUUCAGUCUGUUUAUCUUCAAUUCUAAAUGAGGAUAGAGAAAAUUGGAAGCUAUUAAGGAAAAGUACAGAAAGGUAUUCAAAUCAAACCAAUUAUACCUUGAGGGCAAAACGGCAAAUACGGUACAGCGAUGAUUAUUUGUAUGAUAUUGAUUCUUUAGAGACCAUGAAAUCUUUGGGCAAAAAGGAUCAUGUAGAUGUUGCACAGGAAGAUGACGAUGAUUGGUACCCUCGGAAAAGGAAAAAAACUGGGAAAAAGGAACCACCUGUUAUUAUCAAAUAUAUCAUUGUUAAUCGGUUUAAGGGCCACAAAAACAUGCAUGUGAAAAUCUGUAGAUUAGAUUGCAAAGAGAGACAAGUAUUAUUGACUGAUGAAAUGGUAAAAAAAUAUAAAAAGCUUUCACCACUGAAGGAAUUUUGGUCUCCAAUUCCUAGUGAUUGUAAUGUGUGUCAUAACCAAGAAAAGCUUGAUAGAAAACUGAAAGUCUGUUCUGGUGCUGGUAUGUCUUAUAUGUUCUUUGCUUCUAAAAAUAAAAAACAACAAACACUUGCUAAUGGGAUGUCAUCAAUUAAAAUAGGAUGCACUUUGAGUCACCAAAAAGACAAUGUCAUUGAAACAGAUACUAUGAAUACAGAAGUACCCAAGAAAGUACAAAAAUAUGAUAAGUCGGUUUAUGAAUUUACGGAUGAAAUAGAACUAAAGCGCAUCACCAUUCGGACUGUGAGUAAGGCCAAUCAGUUAAGAGUCAUGCAUGAAGACUCUUCCUUACAAAAGCUACAGAAGAAAUACAACGUACCCUCAAAGAAAAUGAGAGCAAAUGGCCAGGUCGGUAAAAGUACCUGUGACAGAAAUUCUUUAGAAAGUGCAAAUGAAAAGCCUCAAGUUCCAGAUGUAGACAUGCUCAAAAUUCCAAGUCAGUGGAAUUCUUCUUCUCCUUCUUUACUUCAUUUCAACAGUACUAGCUUACAUUCCCCCACAGUCAGUGAUAAAUUAGAAGCUUGUAAUGGUUUAUUUUCUCCAGUUCUAGCUACAAGCUUCCCAGACUUGUCUACUUCUAAUACACGCCUGGCUCCAGAAAUCCUUGGAGGAUGUUUCCGAUCGCUGCUGCAUGGGGAAGAUUCCUCAGUUAAUGAAAACAUCCAAGAUUGCUCCCAAUCUCCCAAUGCCAAUAGGCAGUACAAUGAAGGUGUAACAGAAAAUACAUAUUUUCCUUCACUACGAAAACAAACUGAUGAAGCCUCCACAGGGAGCAACUAUAGUGAAUCAAAUAAGCUUUAUUUGGCAGAAAAGCCAAACAUCCAGGAAGCGUGGAAUGUAGAGACAGUUCAGAAUGUACAUCCACAGAGAGUAAUGGGAAAAGAUCAAAUUCCUUUGUGCACUGUUAACUCUCAGAAUAAAAGACUGCAGUUUGGAGUUGAGAGUAGAGCAAUUGUAAAUAGUAACGUAAAUCAAUAUGGCUUGAAGAUGUCCAGUAGUCAAAAUGAAAUAAAUUCCAACUUCAGUCAAAAAAUAUUAAAAGAAGAAACAAAGCAACUGAUUCCUUCAAAAGACUCCGCAUGCAUUUUAGACAUUUCAAACUUUACACCAGCAAAAGUAAAGCAAGGCUGUUGUUCUAAAUUUUCACAGGAAUAUACACCAAAAAUAGUUUUCAAAACAGGCAAGUCAGAUAUUAAAUCUUUGGAGCAGUGCAGCCAAGCUCAGCUUCCCAGUAAGACUACAUCACCAAAUUUGUAUGUAGAUCAGUGUCAGGUAUGUAGUGAACUAUUCCACACUAAUAUUCAUACUUACCACACCAAUAGUGACCCAACAUCUGUUUCUCUUUCACAACCUGCACAAUCUUCUGUUCAUUUACAAGCUUCUGAUAAUGUAAAUUCAAGUAAUUACAAAUAUUCAGAAGUUAAUAAGGCAAUAAAUAUUGCAAGAAAAAGACUUGCAGAAUCAAAUGGAGGCCUUUUGGGCAAAAAUGCUGUUCAGAAGCAGCAGAAAACCAAUGAUGAGGUGAAAACUAUUAAAAUAGAGAGUUUUGAAAAGGACAGUGUAUCACCAGAGGAUUAUGGAGCCAUUGUAGUUCAAAAUAACUCUUUGGAUACAUUAUCUGCAAAUCAAAUGUACCAACCUGAAAAAAAUCAUAAACCUGUAAAGGGAUUUACUAAUAAAGGUUCAGAAGUGUGUACAAAGCUUUUGGAAAAGGAUCUGAUGAAUGCAAAAACUAAAUCUGCUAUGAAGGAACCAAAACUGCAUCAAAAAGGUAAAUACUCAGUGGCAUCUGUGGAGUCCUAUGAUGGUGUAUCUCACAACAUCACUAGAGGAAGCAGACUGUUAAAUGGUGGGCAGAGAGAGUUUGAGGAACCUGGUAAUAUACUUUCCAACAUAGUUUCUGGAAUGGCAGCAGUUAAUCAGUUUAUGAUGGCUUCAGUGGAACCAGUCAUGAAUCAAGCAGAAGUUAUUCUCCCUGCUGUUAAUCAGCCUUUGGAAGUGCAAAAUAGUUCCAAAUGGAAACCAAAGCCAGUGCAGGUAUUGCACUUUGGUACAAAAGGUCUGAAAAGUAAGCCACAGCAUGUUUCUGAAUGUAAUCCAAGCAAUGUGAGUCUUAAUAGUUACCCUGUAAAUCACACUGCCUCUUGCUAUAUUCACAGUGUUUGUCAUUCCAGUACAAAAACAGCUAACUGCAACUGUCCAAGCAAUACAGUUUGUGAAUGACAAAGGAAAAAUAUAUGGAGUGAACUUAAUAUCUUUUUGUUACCUUGGUGAAUAGCAAUCUUGUUAUAUCCUGUUUAUAUACUUGGAAUUCUUGAACUGAUUUGCUUUUACACAGCAUAGGUUCCUUUAAAUAACGUUCAAUGUACCAAGUAUUUUGAUAUCUUGCCAAACCAAAAUGUACAAUGUCUUAAAUAGAUGUGGUACAAGAACUGCAGAAUGUUUUUGUACAUAUUCCUCUUUGAAAUCUCGGCCUUUUGCUAUAGUUGUGGGAAUACCAUACUAUAUCAAAAUUUAAGACAUUUUUAAAGGUAUUGUCAAUUAGAUUUGUGUUCAGCUUAAUGCU